CACAAUAGUAAAAAUUUAACUCUGUUCCCUGAAGCCAGAUACCCGCUGCAACACCAGCAGGCAGGAGACACAGAAGCCUGGGAUGACAAAGACAUCGCAUGCUGGACAACCAGCCCCUUAGCCAGAGAUGACCGGCUUCCUCUCAGACCUGGUACAGUACCGGGGGCUCUUUCAAAUGAUCGCCGUCCUGGGGAUCGGUGGAACGUUCCAAAAUGGCUUUCAGGUUUCUACAAUCACCUACAUGUCUCAGCACGUUAAGGCUUUCAUUAACGAAACGUGGCUGGAGCGAUACGGCUACCCCAUCCACCAGGAUAACCUCCUGUUUCUGUGGUCCAUCACCGUGUCCAUCUUUGGCAUCGGAGGUCUUGUGGGAUCCUCAGGAAGUAGAUACCUCACUGUCAAGUAUGGCAAAAAGAAAUGUCUCCUGUGCAACAAUCUCCUUAUGAUAACUGCAGCGUCUGUCAUGGGCUGCAGUAAAAUGGCCCGGUCCUUCGAGAUGAUCCUAAUUGGACGCUUCCUGUGUGGAGUAAGUGCAGGCCUUUGCGUUCCCUUACACCAUCAAUAUGUUGGGGAAAUUUCCCCUAGGAAGCUACGUGGAUUUGCAAACUCCACUGCCUCUUUCUUUUGGUCACUGGGAAAAGCCGCAGGGCAAAUUGCAGGACAAAGGGAGCUGCUGGGCAGUCAGUCCCUGUGGCCUGUGCUGAUGGCCUCCUGUGGAAUUCCUGCACUGGUCCAGCUGCUCACUCUGCCCUUCUUCCCUGAGUCCCCACCUUAUCUCCUCAUGCACAAAGGAGACCAGGAAGGAUGCAAGAAAGCCAUAAGGCAGCUUUGGGGUGAAGGCCAUCACCAAGCAGAGAUUGAUGACAUCAUGAAAGAGAAGGCAACAAUGAAAAACACCAAGAUCUUGAGUGUCCUGGAGCUAAUGAAAGAACCAGCUUUCCGUUGGCAGCUGUACAUGAUAAUUAUUCUUACUGCCACAGUUCAGCUAAGUGGCAUCAGUGCAAUUUAUUUUUAUACUUUUGAAGUCCUGCAGGCAGCUGGCUUUGAUGAAAGAAUGAUCUCCUAUAUGACCCUCUCUGUUGGACUCUCAGAACUUUUAGCUGCUGUAGUCUGUAGCUCCAUCAUUGAGCGUCUGGGCAGGAAAACGCUCAUAAGAGGAGGCUAUUGCAUCAUGGGUUCACUGCUAGCUGGCAUCACAGUGACUCUCUCCCUCCAGGAUUGGUAUUUCUGGAUGCCAUACUGCAGCCUUUGUCUGAUUAUCUUGUUUGUAGUUGUCUUUGGAAUUGGGCCAGCUGGUGCCACAAUUUCCAUCAGGGUUGAAAUUUUCCAGAUGUCGUGCAGACCACCCGCCUUUGUGAUCGGUGCAGUUCUCAACUGGCUGGGCAUCUUUGUGAUCGGAACAGCCUUCCCCUUCAUUGUGGAAAGACUCAAGCAAUUCUGUUUCCUCAUCUUUAUGGGGGUACUUUUCACUUCAGGGAUAAUUGUCCACCUGUUCCUUCCAGAAACAAAAGGGAAGUCGAUCGUGGAAAUCACAGAAGAAUUUAAUAAGCUAAACUUUAAGAAGAAGUGUGUUCCAGCAACUCCAAACCGUGUCAUGGAGGAUUACACCUUCUGUACCAGGCUUUGACUGCCCGGCAGGAAGAGUCAGGCUUUCUUAAAAGGAAGAAAGAAAGGACAUUCGUCAUUUCCUGACUAGCAAGCCGGUCCAAAUGGACUGCCAGCUUUCAAUCUGUCACCUACAAGGUUUUCUUCUUGCCAAAAUAUCAAAUUUCAAAAGCACUCCGCUCCGGCAGCUUAGACAAGGGAUGAUGGCUAAUAUUAGCAGGAUAGACUUGGGUGAAUCAUGAGCAUCUUGGCCUAACCUGCUGAUGUAUAAAUCUCUUUUAUAACAGAGCAAUUAAUACACGCUGAAAUUACAUGAAGAAUUUAUAAAUACUCUGCUGACCACACAAAAAGGGAAGACCUAUGAUCUCCCCUCUCUGUGAUUUAUGAGUGUGUUUUCACAACCCUGAAAUGAGAAUAGUAAAGUUCUUGGCUUGCUACCUCUGGCUAGAUUUCAAUCCAUGACAGAUUAAAGAAGAAAAAUAAUGGAAUACGAGAGAAAUUCUUUGUUUCUUUAGACUCAGCUGAAUAACCAAACCUUCCCAGGUUCCCAUGCUUAAAUGCCAUGUUUUUCUUCUGUUGUCAGACAUUCAUUCUAGUUUGUCAGGCUUCAACCCCUUUGGAAUGAAGUUUUUCAUAUCAACAGCCCUCCUUGGUUUGGCUUAAAUUUAAUAUAAUUAUUUUUGCUUACAGAAAAAAAAAUAAAAAUCAACCAUUUGAUUUUAAGCUCAGAAUUGUUCAUGAAAAAGUAUGGGUAAAAAUUUCUUAAGCAACUCUUCUCUGGGCUUGUUUCAGUGGCAAUACAGCUUAAGUCAUGGAUGGAAUCCAGUUGCCAGAAAAGACAGGCACCUAGAGACAUUUCAGGCACUCUCUGCUACCUUGUCCAUCAGCAUCAUCACCUCUGAGCUCCCACAGCUACCCUGUGGGCAGUGAAUCCCACAGCAACUUAGCUGCUGCUUUCCGCAGUUGCUUUGUGUGACUUUUGGCACACAGUUUACCCCAGAAGAACCACCCUAGACUGCAGCUCUUGGCAGUGAAAAAGAAUAUCUGUGGCUUUACAGUUUCUCUUACAAACAGCUGUAAAUACCUUGCUGUAUGGACAGCAGGCUGUCAGCAAAAGCUAAGACAUCGUCCAGCUCUGAGAUAUGUGCAGGACUCCUCUCUGGGGUGUAUUUCACUACCAUGCCCGGGAAGUGAUCACAUAGCCUGCUAUUUCAGGGAUGUACAGUCAGCACAGACUCUUCCUUUAUUGUUCUAUGCAAGCGUAGAUACUGACAGCGGGAGGGAUGACUGGAAAUAUUAUAUACCUUGAAUAUUUUGUCACAUCAUACAGCUAGGUAAGUUUUACAGUAACAGUGAGAACUGUAACUCAACACAUGUAAGGCAUUCAUUUAGGCAUUUCCAACAAUAAUUUAUGAUUAAUUGGCAGUCUCAGAGGAAUUUUGCCAAUUUUUACAAGAAGGUGGUCUGCACAGAGAAAAGGAAACAAAGUGAGAGAAUAUGUUAAAUGUAUCAUGUGCAUGUUUUCUAACUUCCAAAUGUAGUGUCCUAUGCCAUUCCCAAUGAUCCCUGUUGCAGGAAGGGAUGCAACGUCAUCUCCCACAUUGAUCUAUAACCAACAUCUGUGCUUGAGUUCACAUACUGCAGGCCUUCAAACUGUGAAAGAUGUUCAAGGCCAUAUGAACUGAGUUCCUAAUUCUUCCUUUUGUAUAUAGUUAGAGAUCAAGAGAGUUUGUGAGUCUAGUAGGACACAAUCUUAUAAAGUACCAGAGGGAUUAAUUUCACAGGAGACAUUUUUUUGAAAUACGCAAGCUUUUUCUCCAGAAAUUGUCUAAUUUUCUGCACAUUUUCCUCUCUUAAUGGGAAGCUCACACAAUCCUAGUAGCAAAGCAAUACUAUUAGCAAGAACAUGAAAAAGGCUAAGGUUUACAGUGGUGCAAAACAUACAAAUUAAAAUCUAAACACACUAGUCUUAAAUAGUAAAGAAAGUGUUUGUAUCUCUGAUAUUGCUUUGACUGGCGUAUUUACUUCAACUAAGAUGACACUAUUCAAAAUAUGAAUUUAAUUGUUCAUUUUAACUGUUGCUUAUUUUUCAUUGGAAAUGUUAAACAUAAUAAAAAUGGCAGAUGAACUUA